CAUUGUUUCUUUCAGAUGCCACAUCUUGCAACAGCUUAUGCAGUUGUCAAUUCACUUAUUACUAUCGGUGGUCAUGAAGCUUUGUCUUCAAUCAAUAGAAGUACAUUAUACAUGUUUCUGCAGCGGAUGAAACAGCCAAGUGGGGGUUUCAGGAUGCAUGAUGGUGGAGAAAUUGAUGUUCGGGCCUGCUAUACUGCCAUUUCAGUUGCAAGUAUUUUGAACAUUUUGGAUGAUGAACUAGUUCAGAAUGUUGAAAAUUACAUAUUAAGCUGUCAGACUUGCGAAGGUGGCAUUGGUGGAGAACCUAACUCUGAAGCUCAUGGUGGGUACACCUUUUGUGGGUUGGCUACAAUGAUUUUGAUCAAUGAGGUCCAUCGUUUGGACUUGUCUCGUUUAAUUGAUUGGCUGGUAUUUCGUCAAGGAAGGGAGUGUGGAUUUCAAGGGAGAACCAAUAAAUUGGUUGAUGGAUGCUAUUCCUUUUGGCAGGGAGGUUCUUUUGCAUUAUUACGAAGAGUCGGUUCAUUUAUUGAUGAACAGCUGGUGAGGCCAGAUGAUGUUGGACGUUGCAGCACUUCCACAGUAUCUGAUAUACCUGAACAGCGAGGUAGGUCAAUUUAG